GACUAAGAUCGAAUGCAUAUAAAUAUAUCACUAGCUCAUUCAAGAGCACAUCGAAAGCCAGUYCAGUGCAGGGAAGCCAUUCAWCUGCAAGGAGGCCAUUUAAGUGUCACAAAACUAUUUACUAGAGCACUUCAGUUUUCUUGUUAAUCAUUUGCUGUGCGGGGAAUCCAAUCAAGUGCUYGAGGGCCUAAGAAGUAAAGACAUAAUACAGGAAAGGGCAUUUUUGGAUUAUUGCAAAGAAGCCAUUUCAAUGCAAGGAAGCCACUUCAAUGUAAGAAAGCCAUUUCAAUGUUGAAMAGCUAUUUUUAUGUAGGAUAGCCAUUAGACAACUAGUUUAUUGGAGCUGUAAAAGAGUACAUAACAACUGUUGUUUUAAGAAAUAAUCCGUGCUGAUCGUGCACCGAAGGCCGCCCUUAAUUUACAAGUCACUGUUGCGUGUUUGUGUAUACUUCCACUUCAAAACGUAAGGGUGUUUUUGUGUAAAUAAUGCAGUGGAUUUGGCAUUUAUGCCACUCUGAGAGCAGGGCCACUUCUCUCCCUGCUUUGAAAAGUGGUCUAGUGCAUUCAUCUAAAAUACAUUAUUAUAAAGGUGUAAAUAGAAUCACUUAGGAGGGAGAGUUCAAACGGUAGAAAAGUGAGGGAGAGCAGGUGGCUUAGGGUAGUAAAAGAAAGAGAGGAUUAUCCAUAUAUUUGAGUGAUAUUUUGUGAUCAUCGGUAAUUUGGGAUCAGUGAUAUUUCCGUUGUGAUCAGCUAUUUUUUUAGGAUCAUUAUUUUGGGGAUUAGGAAUCAGCGAUAUUUUUGGAUAAAGAAUAUUUUGGGAUGUUGGUUUGUGUUUCUUUUUUCUUUUUUUUUUUGUUUUGAGGGGGUGGGGAUCCACAUUUUUCGUGGAUUGGCCGGUAUCAGGGGAUCAAAAUUCAAUGCAAUACAAUCCGAUCCGUCCUCAGUAGCCUCUUAGGAAGAAGUUUCUAGGUUGUCGAGAUGAAAAUUUCUGUCCAACUCGAUACCAGUACCGUUUUCAGUAGCUUCUAGCACAGAGGUUUCUGGUGAAGAGAUAAGAAACGCUGGAAACGCUACCAAUACGUAGCUAUCCGAGUGGACGAUCGCAUAUGCCAUUUUUUAAAAGCGUUSAUGUCAAGUCACUGAUCGCAACCAGGCUUUUCCGAUGACAUUUGAAAAAAAAGCGAAAGAAAGAAAAAAAAACGAUGAUGAACAAAGCACUAUGCCAUGAUCAAGCAAUUAUUUCAAACCCAUAUUAUAACGACGGUAUUAAUCAAGGAAAUUAAAGCAUUAAAGCAUUAGAGAGUCUUUAAUCCUUARGGGCAAAAUACCCAACACGACAUGAUAUCACUGACUAAUUGGGUCUCUAAUUUACUUCUAUUCUUGUGCCAAACAAUUACAAAACAUUGCAUAGAAUAGACAUCUGUGGACUUUAGGAGUUUAUGAAAGGUUUUUUUUCCCGACGUUUAGAUAGUAAUUGAUAGUAAUCUAAGUGUCAGUUUUUAGUCCCUUAAUUUGACCACGUAUGACCACACAGCGAGAUAUAAACUUAAAAGAUAACCGCUUUUUUAACUUGCAGGUCAUUUCAUAUAGAAGAGGCAUAGAUAGGAUCUAGUUUAAAUGCUGGUAGCUUUGAAGCAGAAAGUAGAUCGUUUUUAUCUAAAUWAUGCUCUUGGGUAUGCAGGGAUUCUUCUGGUAAAGUCUAAACGAAGUGGAGAGCCAUUCUGAGUACUGAAGGAUCUGCUGUUAUUCAAAGGAAGACUCUCGCGACAAGAAACGUUCAGAAGGAAGUUUAGCAUGAGUAAAGAAUAARAAAAGACUUGAAUUUAUUCAAAGGAGAAAUAACACUAAUAACACUAAGAAAGCUCUACUCAACAGUGACRCCAAAUAAAGUGGAGAACGACAUCGAGUAGUGAGAGUUUUGGUGUUAUUGAAAGGAAGCUCCUCGCGACACUGUAAAAUUCAGGAAAUAAAAACUUGAAUUGAUUCAAAGGAAAAAAUAACAGUUAUAAAGCUCUACAACAGCUCUACAAAAGUAAGAAAAAAUCAAGGCCAACAACGAAUGAAUACAAGCAAUGACAAGAAGCACAUGACSUAGAAGAAACAGUACUAACUAUAAAAGCGAAGUAUUUCUUCACCGAAGGUAAAGCGAACGUUGAUAAACAAACAAACAAAAGAAGAAAAGUACAGAAUACAAUGAAACGUCGUUGAAGUACAGAAAAUAUAAUUUGUACACAAGUUUAGAAUGUAGCAAAUACCGGAUAUUUUAAAUCUUCAAAUUACUAACGGAAUAAAGCUGUAUAGAAAUUGUGAAGAAAGAAAAAAACAAAAACAGCUUUAUAAACAAGAAAUUCGACAAUUGCACACAAGAUUUGAAGAGCGGGAAAAUACUGAAACGACACAAAUCAGAUGAACACAAUAAAGWGCAAAAGAAAAUUUGAAAAGAAAACUAAARCUAAGAGAAACYUCAAGCCAAAUAAAGCUACAGAAAGARGAACGAGCUYAAAAGCACUCAAAAUAAACAAGAUUUGCAAGUMAACGGAUAUGAUAAAAGUAAACAAGAAAUACAAUAUAAUACAAACUGAAAAGAACAGCCAAACAUGAACCGUUGAGCCUAAAAAGACUUAAUACCCUAAAGGAAGGGAAAACCAUCAUAACACGUCAUCAAAGUUAACCAGAAAAAGAUAAGAACUAUUUYUAUUACGUAAGUAUAAGGUAAACAUAUAAAAUAAAGAUUAAAAGAUCAGGAAAAGUGAAAUUUAACAAGAGAAACGGAAAAGGAAAAGACUGAAUUCAAGGUAAAACUAUUGGUAACAAAACAUUAAAAUUGAUUAUGAAUUACUAAAGUGUUUAAAAGAAGUAAAAGAAACAACGUAUUAGUUAAUUAGACAGUUAAAUGAAACCCCGAGGAGAUACUCCAGUAAUUGCAUAAAACAAGGCUUCGAGUCAUAGUCAAAUAGAAAUAAAACAACCACAACAACUUAAGAAACGUAUCCCAAGGAUACUAUAAAAACAAGAGAUAACAUUGAAAGAGCGACCCACAAAGAUUAGAGGAGAUUACACCAAAUAACCAUUUGAAAUUGGAAAAUCAAAAAAUUGGAAAUUGGKAAAGGAAAUAACGACAACUUAAUAAACAAAGAAGUACAAAGGAUGCUAUAAAAACAAAAAAAAAAACAAAUCAAAACAACGAUCAAAGGAGAUGUAAGGUUACACCAAGUAAACCAUUAGAAAUUGGAGAAGAAAUAACAUUGUUUCCACUCAGAAUUCAAGUUACCAAGACCCUAAACUUCCAUUACGUAAUCUUCAAAUUCACUUUGCCAUCAACUUAAACUGCACCGGACAUAGAUAAGAAGUACAUGGAUUGCGGAGAGGAACGUGCGCACUUCACACUUAAAGAUAACUAGCCGUCUUGGUGACGUUUGUAUUUACGUAAUCUUCCGCGUAUUUACGCUAGAGAUAACUUAUUUAUAACGCGUAGCACAAGAGGAUAUYCAGUGUCAUAUUAAGUGAAAAUGUCUGAUUUAUUCGUCCCUGAUGUUCUGUAUAUUGUGGUUAAUGUAAUAUUCGGUUUCUUCACCAUAGUAACGAAUGGUUUAAUACUUGUGACGGUGUACAAAACCCCAAGUUUACAAUAUCCAUCUAACUACUUCAUUUGCUCGCUUGCUGCAAACGAUAUCGUCGURGGGUUGUUUAUAAACUCUAUCAACGCUUUGAUAUAUGGUCUUAGACUAUGGAAAACCGACCACACUUUAAUCAAGAUGGAGCAGUUCUUCUACAUUCAAACUGUCGUCUGUUCAGCGUUAAAUCUUUGCGUAAUAAGCAUUGAUCGUUACGUUGCCGUAAGCAAGCCGUUACGGUACCCUUCCGUUAUGACAGAUCAAAAAUCCUUCAGAAUAAUAUCAUUUAUAUGGUGUUUGUCGAUAAUAUGGGGYCUACCAGCUGCCUUCCUGGAUGUCAAAACUGGAUUAUUCACUUUAUGGGCGGUCGUUCUUGUAGGCGGUUAUCUUGUACCUCUUGCGGUGAUAGUUUUCUCUUACGUAAGCAUCAUGCGUAUUGCGCACUAUCAACAGAGUCGCAUUGCUGCGUCUUUUCGCAUGGCGAGAACGUUCGCGGAGAAUCAGUACACUAACGUAACCGUACAAAACAGACGUAGUCAACGCGCAGCGACAACGUUUGCUUUGAUAACUCUAGUGUUUGUUGUUACGUUUACGCCGGAUCUYGUYAUUACGGUUUGGUACGCAAUUCAUGGUGCGCACAAAGGGAACCACAGAGAUGYRCUGCUUAUGUGGUUGAGCUUUUUACUGUACACAAGUUCUGCUAUCAAUCCAGUGAUUUAUGGAUUUAGGAACACAGAACUGAGGAUUGCAGCCAAGAAAGUUGUCUUUAAUAGAGAUACUUGAUAUCUAGGAAUUAUGACACAGGAUUCGGAACCCUACGGGACGGAUUGUUAGGUGGCCAAACACCUUCAAACUCCAUCCAACAUGUUUGCUGCUUCAUCCAACAACAUCAAACAAUAAAACGCUGUGCCGAACAAAGUUUUUCGGUACCGGGUGUUUGGAAGUCCAGGAUUUCUCGUUGACUGUUUUUUACAUUCCAGGGCUGGCUUGUUCGAAGCUCGAUUAGCGUUAACCCAGGGUUGACUCCAUUCUUCCCGGGGGGUGGACUCCCUAAUAUCAAAGGGCGGGGGUCCUCGGCGGAGAUUGUGAAAAUGACCCCUAAAAGGGACC